UUCUUUAAUACUUUGGGUAUUAGAAAGCCAUUACACAUGCACCAGUAUAGAGGCUUGUGAACAAAUAUUUCUCAAGAAUAUGCCCCUCCUAGCAGUAUAAAUUAAAGCCAUUGGUGACUGGUGAGUGGCAUCAAACAUAAUCCGCAGUUAUAACAAGUAGUGAGAAUGGAGCCUUCAGGUGGGUUGAGCAAUAGAGGAAAACAAGAAAUUCAACCACAGAUUUCGGUACGACCUUCCGAUAUGUUGGAAGAAAUCAAGAAAACAUUAAUUAAAGAUCAAUUAUUUGAAGCCUGCAUGGAGAAUAGGUGGACAGAGGUUAAUCGACUGUACAUCAACGACAAGUUUGUCCAAGAAUCCAAGCUCACUAAAUCUGAGGAUACUGUUCUUCACUUAGCUAUCUCUUCUUACCAUCCACAUCGAGAAGACUCUUCACAGCAAACUCAUCUUGAUUGUAUUAAGGAUAUGGUGGCUAAUAUACCAAAGGAAAAUCGAUUCCGUAUCUUAAAACAGAAGAAUGAAAAAGGGAACACACCUCUUCACCUUGCAGCAGAACUCGGAAGUGUCUCCAUUAUUGCGUGUUUGGUAAACCCACAAGAACCUGAACUCAUCUGGGAGACCAAUUCAAAAGGGGAAACCCCUUUAUUCGUAGCUGCUUAUCGAGGCAGGCUAGAUGCUUUUCUCUACCUACAUGAGUGUUGCCAAAAUGAAAAGAGCAGAAAAGAUCCAAUUGUACUUUGCAGGAGGGGUGAUGGGGAUAACAUUCUACACGCAGCCAUCUCUGGAGAGUACUUUAAGUUGGCUUUUCAGAUAAUAAAUCAGUAUGAGCUACUUGUCAACCGUUUAAACUCAGAGGGCAUGUCUCCUCUACACAUUCUAUCUAGGAUGCCUCAAGUAUUCAAAAGUGGAAGCUAUUUUGGGUGCAUAGAUAGCAUUAUCUACCAUUGCAUAACUGUCGAAGAGCUAAAGAUAGAGAAAUAUAAAACUGAAGAAGAUUCUAUUCCAGCAACUACUGGAAUAACUAAUGUGAAUCAAGACAAGAAGUCUCCAGGCAAUCAAGAUGACCCCGAGAAUCCCCCAAUCUCAGCAACUACUGGAGUAACCAAUGUGAAUCAAGACAAGAAGUCUCGAG